AGCAGAGCUGCAUGGAGACAGCAGCAGCCAUCCCGUCAGUCCUGCAUGCGCAGAGGCCUAUCGGAGUCGAUCGACCGGCCGUCGACGGCUGGACCUUUCAGCCAGACCCUCUGACACACCCUCUUCUUCUCGCCAAUCGCCCACUUUCGGCACACCUAUCAUCCCUUCCAUCCCGUCCCAUCCAAUCCUAUCCUGUGCACAAGAUGACUUCAAACCACCUCGCCACUGAGCUGCCAAGCUGGUCGAAGCUGCAGCAGCUGCACGACACCAAAGGGGCCAAGUACGAUCUGCGUCAAGCGUUCAAAGCUGACCCCAAGCGGUUUGAGAAGUAUUCUGAGCAGUUCAAGGGAACAAAGACUGAUGCAUCUCUGCUCGUCGACUACUCCAAGAAUCUCAUCGAUGAUGAAGUGUUGAAGACCUUGCUCGACUUGGCCCGCGAGGCCAAGGUGGAGGAGCAGAGGGAUGCCAUGUAUGCCGGAGUGAAGGUCAACUCUUCUGAAGGUCGCUCUGUUCUUCACAUUGCUCUGCGAGACCUGCCCGAGAAGUUCAAGUCCAAGGCAGAAGGUGUGGACGAGGUCAAACCCGAACUGGAGCACAUCAAGGCCUUCUCUGACGCAGUGCGCUCCGGUUCACACAAGGGCUACAGCGGCAAGCAGAUCAAGUCCAUCGUCAACAUCGGUAUCGGAGGAUCUAACCUAGGCCCUCUGAUGGUGACUCAAGCACUCAAGCCCUAUGCCAAAAAGGAUCUCGAGGCUCAUUACGUCUCCAACAUUGAUGGCACUCACUUGGCCGAGGCUCUGCGCGCUUGCGACCCAGAGACCACAGUCUUCAUCAUUGCGUCCAAGACCUUCACUACUCAAGAGACCAUCACCAACGCAAAUUCUGCACGUGACUGGUUCUUGAAAACUGCCAAGGAUGAGAGCCACAUCUCGAAGCACUUCGUUGCGCUUUCAACCAACGUGAAGGAAGCGACUGCCUUUGGAAUCGACAAGGCCAACAUGUUCAAGUUUUGGGACUGGGUCGGUGGACGAUACUCCUUGUGGUCUGCUAUCGGUCUCAGCAUUGCCAUCGUGAUUGGCUACGAGAAUUUUGAGCAGCUCUUGCUCGGCGCGCAUGAGCUCGAUGUGCACUUCAAAGAGGCGCCCUUGGAGAAGAACAUUCCAGUCCUCCUUGCUACCAUUGGCAUCUGGUACAACAAUUUCUUUGAUGCUCAAUCCUACGCUCAGCUGCCUUAUGACCAGUACAUGCACAGGUUCGCUGCCUACUUUCAGCAGGCAAGCAUGGAGUCUCUUGGCAAAGGCGUCACAAAGAAUGGCAAACGAGUCGACUACCAGACUGGUGAAGUGCUUUGGGGCGAGCCCGGCACUGAUGGUCAACACGCAUUCUACCAGCUCAUUCACCAAGGCACUAAGCUGAUUCCUUGCGACUUCAUUGCUCCUAUUGAGACUCAGAAUCCCCUGGGCAAACAUCACGACAUUCUCUUGUCCAACUUCUUCGCUCAGCCCGAGGCUCUUGCAUUUGGCAAGACGGCCGAAGAGGCCAAGGGCGAGUUGAGCGCCCAAGAUCAGUCCAACGACUUCUUGAUUCAGAGCAAGAUCUUUACGGGUAACAGACCAACGAACAGCAUCUUGGCUCAAAAGAUCACUCCUGCCACUCUGGGUGCUCUGAUAGCUUUGUACGAGCACAAGAUUGCUGUGCAAGGUUUCAUCUGGAACGUCAAUGCCUACGAUCAGUUCGGCGUCGAGCUGGGCAAGGUGCUCGCGAAGAAAAUUUUGCCUGCUUUGGAAGCUGGAGAUCCCAACAAGCCUGGUGAUCACGACUCCAGCACCUCUGGCCUCAUCUCUUACUACCUAAAGAAUAGAAAAGGUCACUGACUAGCUGCGUCUUUGGACGAACCGCGCGUUACCUCCAGAGGCAAAAUGUGAUUUUGCCUCCUUUCCACACCAUGGCCACGAUCGCAAUUGCAACAUUGAAAUCAGAUUACAGCCCAUCGAAGAAUCAUGCU